AUGGGAUGGACGGGACGGAAAUGCUGUGCUGUGCUGUGCCUGUUUUGGGUCGACCGACACUCCCCACCAAGCAUCACCGCCCGCUUUCCUUUCUUUCGCACCAGUCAAACAUCGCGACUCGUCCCUCCAUGCCAGGCUAAUAAUGCUGCCCAAACCAUCUCGUGCCGCACCCACCCCUCGCCAACGGACGGACUGCCGACCCUCGUCUCCUCUCGCUCCUCUCGCUCCUCUCGCUCCUCUCGCACACACACACACACACACACCUCCUUUGCACCACCCUCUGUGCCUCUAGCCAUCAUCCGACUCUGCCUUUGGCACCCAACCCAAACGCCCAACUCGCAACUUGCAGCCCAGCCCUCUCUUUCCAGCUUUCACAUCAAGGAAAAAAAGCCCGCCAGCCAGUCCAUCCUCGCCAUGUCACGACAACCCCGCAACGCUCCGCCUGCACCGGCUGCUUCCAGCACUCGCAUGAACGAAUACUUUGUCCCUCGCGACGGCAUCGAUCGCGAAGUCAUCUCCGCCGACAUUUGCCGCUACCUGGGUAACGAUGCCCUGGUGCGGCCCGGUCACUAUGAGGUGCGCUCUUGGAAUCCAACUGUGUCCAGACCAUUGAUCAAAUAUGCUAACGCCGUCCAGAACCCACAGACUGGACAGACCGUUCAGGGCUACUACAUCACCGCCUACCGGAACCUGACGACUGCAAUGAUUGAAGACCUCAAAGCAGACUCUGCGCGUUGGGACAGCGAACGCCGCUCCCAAACAUCGCGCAGUGCCCAUGGAGGUAUCCACGGCUCGCGAGAUGGCCCAAACUAUGCUGGGGCUCCGUCUUCUAACUCACAUGUAGUGCAAUAUCGAUACUCCGAGACGCACCAGUCGCGUCAGCAUCUUGGCCCUACUGAGCACCCUCCCUUUCAGCAGCAGCAACAGCAGCAGCAGCAGGACCACUUCAAUUCCCGUGAAUCCUUUGACACCGCUAGAUAUCCGGGAUCGGGCGCUCCAGGCUACACUGGUGCCACUGGCAACUUUCCCCAGCAGCAAACCUAUGCCCCUGCUACCACUGGUCCCAGCUAUGGCAACUACCAACAAGGACCUCCUGCCGGGAAUCCCGAUCCCAGAUAUGCCAGCCCUGUCAACCAACCCGGCUUGAUGAACCCUGGAUUUCAAGCCCAAGAAGUUCCAUAUGUGAAUACCGGUGCGAACAUGGCACCGCGCUACCCUCCCAACGAUGGAUUUCCCGGACCUCGCGGGGGUUCCUCUGGACCUGGACCCCAGCAGCCCAUGUAUUCCACUUCUGGUCCUCCCCAGCAAGGCUAUUCCCAACCCCCGGGCGCUCCAUUCCAGUAUUCAAACCAGGGUCCUCAUCCAGGAAGCAACCAGCAGUAUUCUUCCUCUAUUCAGCCGCAGGAUCCAUUCUACGGCAGAGGCCCUCCGCCACCUUAUGGAGCCCAAGGACAGCAGCAGCCGCAACAACAACCACAACAGUAUGAAGAAACCCCCCUCGCCCGAGGCUCCGCGCCCCCUUCCAGCCCCAAACCGCCUUCCGGCACAAACAAGCGUCGUAGUGACCAGGACAGCGACAGGAACUCUGUUGAGAGACACCACCGGCCCCCUCCUCCCCGCCGCUAG